CUCUCUCUCUCUCUCUCUCUCUCUCUCCUUCAUUUCGCACGAUUUCUGUCUGGCAAUGCUGUUUGUUUCAAUGGCGACCUCAUUUUCUAUUCAUUGAUGCCACAAAAGUCCUCGAAGAAAACUUCCACCUCGCCUAGGGUCCAGAAACCGAAUCAUCAUGGGUCUCUGUUUCUCCUCCGCCAAGGUCUCCGGCCGCCGAAACCACAGCCCCCGGAGCCCCAAUCCCAACCCCCUCACCGUCGCUAAACACAGACCGCCACAAACUCCAUGUUCAUUCUUGGCCGUUACGAUCCAAAAAGACCACAGGACCCAACCGCGACGAUCCCCAGCGACGACCAAGAAAACGCCGCCGCAGACGCAAACGCAAACGCGACAGACGCCACCGCACGGGAAGGGUAGAGAGAAGGGUGGGAAUAAUAAUAAUAAUAAUAAAGGGAAGAGACACGGAGAAGCGAUCCCUUACGGUAAGCGAGUUGAUUUCGGGUACGCUAAAGAUUUUGAUAACCGUUACACCAUCGGGAAACUGCUCGGAUAUGGUCAGUUCGGUUAUACGUAUGUCGCUACGGAUAAAAAGACAGGAGAUCGUGUCGCAGUUAAGAAAAUCGACAAGGCCAAGAUGACGAUUCCCAUAGCUGUGGAAGAUGUGAAGAGAGAGGUGAAGAUACUACAAGCUUUAACUGGUCAUGAAAAUGUAGUUCGGUUUUACAAUGCCUUCGAGGACAAGAACUCUGUUUACAUUGCCAUGGAGUUAUGUGAGGGUGGUGAAUUGCUGGAUCGGAUAUUAGCCAAGAAAGAGAGUCGUUAUAGCGAAAGAGAUGCGGCCGUGGUAGUGAGACAGAUGCUAAAAGUUGCAGCUGAGUGUCAUUUGCGUGGUUUGGUUCACAGAGAUAUGAAACCAGAGAAUUUUCUGUUCAAAUCAACUGAAGAAGAUUCACCUCUGAAAGCUACAGACUUUGGUUUAUCAGACUUCAUAAAACCAGGGAAGAAGUUUCAUGAUAUUGUCGGGAGCGCGUAUUACGUAGCACCUGAAGUGUUGAAACGCAGGUCAGGACCAGAAUCAGAUGUGUGGAGUAUCGGUGUUAUCAGUUAUAUACUUCUCUGCGGGAGACGGCCUUUUUGGGACAAGACUGAAGAUGGCAUUUUCAAAGAGGUCUUGAAGAACAAACCUGACUUCAGAAGAAAACCGUGGCCAACCGUUAGCAACAGCGCCAAAGAUUUUGUUAAGAAGUUGUUAGUGAAAGACCCGAGAGCCAGAUUAACAGCUGCACAGGCCCUAUCACAUCCAUGGGUUAGAGAAGGAGGAGAUGCAAGUGAGAUUCCCAUAGACAUAUCUGUUCUCAACAACAUGCGUCAGUUUGUUAAAUUUAGCCGCCUCAAGCAAUUCGCUUUAAGGGCUCUUGCAACAACGCUUGACGAAGAAGAGUCUGCUGAUCUUAGAGACCAGUUUGAUGCCAUUGAUGUUGAUAAAAAUGGCGCCAUUAGCCUUGACGAGAUGAGGCAGGCUCUUGCAAAAGAUCAUCCUUGGAAGCUUAAGGAUGCACGAGUCGCGGAGAUUCUUCAAGCGAUUGAUAGCAACACCGAUGGAUUUGUGGAUUUCGAAGAGUUUGUUGCUGCUGCGUUACACGUAAAUCAAUUAGAGGAGCAUGAUUCUGAGAAAUGGCAACAGAGAUCAAGAGCAGCUUUCGAGAAAUUCGACAUAGAUGGAGAUGGAUUCAUAACAGCAGAGGAACUUCGAAUGCAUACUGGCUUGAAAGGGUCCAUUGAGCCACUUCUUGAAGAAGCAGACAUUGAUAAUGAUGGUAAAAUCAGUCUCCAUGAGUUCCGUAGACUUCUGAGAACUGCAAGUAUCAAAUCAAGAAAUGUUAGAAACCCUCCUGGUUAUCUUGUUUCUCGGAAAGUCUAAAAGAAGUUUGCAGUCUUAUGGUGAGGAAAGAAAAAAAACAAGAAUCAAGAAAUUUUUUAUCCCUUGUGUAGAAAAAGAAAGAUAGGGAUUGCAGUGUUUUCAUGUGUUGUUGUAACAUAUUUUCAUAUUAUUUUUUUAUAACCAUUGACAAAGAA